GCUCGCCCACACACCCACGCAGCCCUCUGCUGGCUUGUCUUGGCCUCCCCUCUCCGGGCAGCAGCUACCAUGUUCUCCUGCGUGAAGCCCUACAAAGACCAGAACUAUUCAGCCCUGAAGCGGAAAUGUCUGCGCAGGAAGGUGCUCUUUGAGGACCCCAGCUUCCCAGCCACCGACGACUCGCUGUACUACAAGGGCACCCCGGGGCCCACUGUCAGGUGGAAGCGGCCCAAGGACAUCUGCGAGGACCCCCGCCUCUUUGUGGACGGCAUUAGCUCCCACGACCUGCACCAGGGCCAGGUGGGCAACUGCUGGUUUGUGGCAGCCUGCUCAUCGCUCGCCUCCCGAGAGUCGCUGUGGCAAAAGGUCAUCCCAAACUGGAAGGAGCAGGAGUGGGACCCCGAGAAGCCUGAUGCCUAUGCGGGCAUCUUCCACUUCCACUUCUGGCGCUUUGGGAAGUGGGUGGACGUGGUCAUCGACGACCGGCUGCCCACGGUCAACAACCAGCUCAUCUACUGCCACUCCAACUCUCGCAAUGAGUUCUGGUGUGCCCUGGUGGAGAAGGCCUAUGCCAAGCUGGCGGGCUGUUACCAGGCCCUGGAUGGAGGCAACACGGCGGAUGCACUGGUGGACUUUACAGGUGGUGUUUCUGAGCCCAUCGACCUGACCGAGGGUGACUUUGCCAACGAUGAGGCCAAGAGAAACGCACUCUUUGAGCGUGUGUUAAAGGUGCACAGCCGGGGAGGCCUCAUCAGCGCCUCCAUCAAGGCUGUGACAGCGGCAGACAUGGAGGUCCGCUUGGCCUGUGGCUUGGUGAAAGGCCACGCCUAUGCCAUCACCGAUGUGCGCAAGGUGCGCCUGGGCCAUGGCCUGCUGGCCUUUUUCAAGUCCGAGAAGCUGGACAUGAUCCGCCUGCGCAACCCCUGGGGCGAGCGAGAGUGGAACGGGCCCUGGAGCGACACCUCAGAGGAGUGGCAGAAGGUGAGCAAGAGCGAGCGGGAGAAGAUGGGUGUGACUGUGCAGGACGAUGGCGAGUUCUGGAUGACCUUCGAGGACCUGUGCCGGCACUUCACCGACAUCAUCAAGUGCCGCCUGCUCAACACGUCUUACCUGAGCAUCCACAAGACGUGGGAGGAAGUCCAGCUGCGUGGGGCCUGGACGCAGCACGAGGACCCAUGGCAGAACCGCAGCGGGGGCUGCAUCAACCACAAGGACACCUUCUUCCAGAACCCACAGUACAUCUUUGACGUCAAGAAGGCAGAAGAUGAAGUGCUGAUCUCUCUCCAGCAGCGGCCAAAGCAGUCCACACGUCAGGAUGGCAAGGGUGAAAACCUGGCCAUUGGCUUCGACAUCUACAAGGUGGAGGAGAACCGCCAGUACCGCAUGCACAGCCUGCAGCACAGGGCCGCCAGCUCCAUCUACAUCAACUCCCGCAGUGUCUUCCUGCGCACGGACCAGCGCGCGGGCCGCUACGUCAUCAUCCCCACCACCUUUGAGCCAGGCCACACUGGCGAGUUCCUGCUCCGAGUCUUCACUGAUGUGCCCUCCAACUGCCGGGAGCUGUGCCUGGAUAAGCCGCCCCGCUCUUGCUGGAGCUACCUGUGUGGUGACCCCAAGCAGGUGACCCAGGUGCAUGUCCUGGGGGCUGCUGGUCUCAAGGACUCCCUGAGAGGGGUUAACUCUUACGUGAUCAUCAAGUGUGAGGGGGACAAAGUCCGCUCAGCUUUGCAGAAGGGUACUUCGACGCCCGAGUACAAUGUGAAAGGCAUCUUCUACCGCAGAAAGCCGGGCCAGCCAGUCACUGUCCAGAUCUGGAACCACCGAAUCCUGAAGGAUGAGUUUCUGGGCCAGGUGCACCUGAAGGCUCACCCAGAUGACCUCCAGGCCCUGCACACACUCCACCUCCAAGACCGAAACAGCCAGCAGCCCAGCGACCUGCCAGGAACCAUUGCUGUGCACGUUCUCAGCAGUACCUCCCUCACGGCUUUCUGAUGCCUCUCCACCUACCUGGCCCCCACAUUUCUCACUACCGUCUGCAUGUCCCCAACCAGGGACUAGCCUGGGAGCCAGGACACGGGUCUUUUUCUCAGCUUUUGCUGUGUGACCUUGGGAGGUCACUGCCCCUCUCUGGGCCUCAGUAUCCUGAGGAUCCAAGGCAUUCCUUUCUCAUGGAGGUCUUCUUGCCUGAGAUUUAAAAUAGCCCUCCUUACCCCAACUGUUACCACUGCUAAGAGACUCUUAUCUGUUGAAAAUGUUUUUCCAGGGCCCUGCUGUCUGCCAACAGAGUGCCAAGAAGAUGUUACUGUUUACACACAAACUGCUACAUCCCCAAGCCCCAUUCUUGCCCCUCCUUCCCUGUGCCUGCCCCAGUGUCCCAGACAUUAUUUUCUCUGUCACUACACCUGGUUUUCUAGCCACCUUGAAAGGACUCUUGGCUCUUGCUAGGUUCCUGCUCAGGCUGGAAUUUGGGAAACAUGCAGGUGACAUUUGUUCAUUCUCAAAUCCCAUCCACCCUCCCACCCAUUCAUUUAUUCAACAGAGAUUUGCCAAGUGAAUAAGCAAUGCUCAUGAGACCCCAGGUGGAGCGGGGCCCCUGCCCACAGCUCUGGGAGACCUGGUGUCGAUGCUGGGCCUCACCUCUGCUCUGAGGCCCUCUGAGGCAGAUGCCCGGAUGCCCAGAGGAGCUGCAGCUGCCUUCUCACUCCAUGUUCUGAUUUCAUCCCCAGCCUCUGGAGAAGCUUCAUCAGUGAUGGAAAAGAAGGGCAUCUUCCCGUCUCCACUGCCCUGAUGCCAGAAGGAGUGUGCCCAGUUUGGUGGCCAGGAACCAGGCAGGUAGAGAGGACAUGUAGACCCGAGGGGGAGGCCCAUGUUCUCAGGACCCCCUUUGCUGCAAAACCUGGGCUUUCCUGGGAGAAGGGGCUCUGUGGGGUUGGUAUCAGGCCUGCAAGGGUCAGGUCACCCACUGGGCUUGGCAGGAGAUAGGACAAUCCAUCACCUGACCAGAGGCUCUCCACCAACAUUCCCCCCAAAAUGCAGCCAAGGAGGCCACAGCUCUCUUCUUGCUGCCCGGACCAAAAUGUUCCUUUCAGUCCUCAACAUUUUAUAUUCUUCCUGUUUUAAAACUCUCCAUUUUAACCAGGGGUUUUAAAAGGAACCCCUUUUCUCUUCUUAAACGCCAUUUCUUGUGGUCCUCUGAUUUUAUUUUGAUUCCACCUGGGGAGGGAUCAGGAGACGUCACCCCUUCUCAGGCGAGGUCUGGAGGUAGAUAAAGAAGAGGGUGGUUUGUACUUUGAUGUUUUACAAGUUGGCACCAAUCAUGUUGGCACUGUGACCCGCUUCGGGCCUCUCUGUGCCCUUCUUGGGCACCAGAGCAGACAAUGUAAAUUUAAAAAGCUCCGCUGGAUCAAGAACAGGCAUUCCCGUGGGCUGUGGGGGACUUCCUUUGGAGAAGAAUUUUCGGUUCCAGAGCUGGCUCUUUGGGCCAGUGUCCUGGCUGGAGGGGCUGGAUUCUUGACUUUGCUGCCUCACUCCAUGGCCGGCUCUGCUCCUGUGUCAUGGCCCUGGGCCAUGUGAGGGCCGGGAGCUGCACGACAAGGAGGACAAGAGGACUCUUGGAAAAACUGCACCUUCCUCUCGAGAACCUGGGCCUGAGGCCGGGACUCUACAGAUGACCAGGAGCAAGUCAUUCAAACCUCCUGUGCCUCAAUUUCCCCCUUCUGCAAAGUGGGGCCAAUGAUUCCUGUUUGCCAGCACUCUUACUAACAAGUGCUGAAGAAGGGCAAAACCACACCCUUUCUCUAUGUGUCUGUAUGCGUGCACACUGUACACACUCAUGUAAUCACUUUUCAAUGUCUAUUUCAAAUGCACACUCCCGAGUUGGGGUGGAGAGGCAAGGGCCAGAUAAGCCAGCUUGGGGCCCCUGGGACAGACAUGUGGGUCUUUUCUCAGGCGCAUCAACCUGGGCCUUGGAACGAAUCAGGACCAACUGGCAGGUCUGUGGCCUGGGGCAAGGGUGGUGUGUGCCCAGAGAUAAGGGAAAAAGGGCUGGGGACCCUCCCGCACUUCCUGCUCCUCUGGGUGGGCCAGGCUGGAUCCUGGAUGUGCGGAGGUCUCUGGUCCCUGGGAGGUCCCGCGGACGGGGCAGGUGAAGUUGGAGUUCUUCCAGGCUGGGACUGGAGGGUGGGUGGGGAGAACAUUGCUCUGUGCGCCUGAUGCACCCUUCAGUCCACAGGGGCCCAGUCCCCUUUUGCAGAUGGGUGGGGCCUCUGGUUCACACCACCUGAUCUGGGCUUCACUCCCUUUAUGGCGCACCGUGGGGUCGGGGAGACCUGUUCUGUUCUCAGAAUAAACAUUACCAUAAUCCAAGAAA